GCCAAGGAGGUGCAGAAUGGACUAGAAGGCUGUAUACAGGGCCUCCGUCUAGGUGAGACAUCGAGUGGGAUCACUUUGCCCAAACCCAGCAACAUCGUAAAUGUUAAAACCGGCUGUAGCGUGCAAAGUGCGUGUGAUCCCAACCCGUGUCUGGGGAACAGCUCGUGCGUGGACACAUGGCUGGGCCAUACUUGUGUCUGCAACCCAGGUUAUUUUGGGGAGAAUUGUGUGGACAUUUGCCAGCUGAAUCCAUGUGAGAAUAAGGGGCUGUGCCGCCAUCAACCGAAUUCCCCCCUGGGUUAUACCUGUGAGUGUACGGGGCACCACUAUGGAAGAUACUGCGAGCACAGAAUGGAUCACCAGUGUCCCAAAGGUUGGUGGGGGAAUCGAACCUGCGGACCG